AUACAAAUACAGCAAUUGUGGGACCAGAGCACUGUCACCAAUCAGCCAGAAGGCUUGCGUAACCUACCCGUGACAUUGCUACAGACCGUGGGACAGCUAAUCACCGCAGCCACUGCCCGGAUGUCCGUAUUCGGCCAAUCGUUAUCUGGUUCAAGUGUACAUCACGAAGAGAAGUGUCGCAUGUUCGCACUGUUUAUUGCACAGUUGAUACAUUUGUGCGAGAACCAGAUUGCACAGAAGGGGUAUUCCAUCAUGAUGAUGAACUUCAAUUCGUGUGAAAAGCAGAGCAGUUCGUCCACAUCCGACACGACCUCACCACCUACAAUGGAUUCGCGAUCGACCCGUGAUUAUUUGACUCGGGUAUUGGUCAGUCCGUUCAAACAAAUGACCUCAAUUUUCACCAGUCAGUGUAAUAUACGGUUCUCGGAACAGUUGGAUGGUAUAAAACUGACAUGGGAGAAUCCAACUGAUGUCUCGGACAGUCUAAGUACUGCUUUGAUCGAAUCCAUCGGAUUGGUAACUGAAGCCAGCAAGUUUUGUUUGGAAGAAACUCACGCAAUCUGCCUACCGCUGCUUCUUGAUCUGAUUCAAACCUAUUGGGAAGGUUUGAUCACAAAAUGGCUGGCCGCCAUCGAACAGCUGGGCAAACAACUGGUCAUUCCAGAGAACAAUGCUGCGUAUAAUCAGGCCAGCUUUUUCGCGAGCGCUUUACAACUGGCAAGUGAACUGAGCUCGCGAGCAGAUAUGCUGGUGGAGAAUUUGCUUCUCCAAAGCGCCGAGACUCUAUCUGGUUUGCUUCAGACUAGACCUGCUGCCUCACCUCCAUCGGAUGAUACGGCCACAUUCGUCCAACAGCUUGCACUAAUCCAAUCCGACAAGUGUCUACAGGCUUUACGCUGCUUAGCCUAUUCCGGUCACGAUACGGCGCGUUCUGGACCGGAUCCAAGUGGAUCGCAUACGCAUUCGUCUUUGUGUCGGCUCACUGCAGUGCAUCGGGCCAAUGUGCGCAUGUGUCGAACUGCAGUGACCAUGGUGCGCCGCGUCGCUCUAGCCCCAGUACGCCGUCUCCUAGAUCAAGUGCCUCAAUUGUCCAUUUGGUCUGCCGUGCCGAGUAGCGGAGAAUGCACAUUACCAAAUUUGGCUUAUCUGCCUCAGGAUUAUAUGACUCAGAUAGGUCAAUACUUGUUAGCUCUCCCGGAGUCAUUUGAACCCUAUAUGGGUACAAACGGUCCCCCAACUGAUUCCAAUGGUUUGACUCUAGACCCUCACGAGGAUCUUUUGACCAGUCGUGGCCUAGCUGAAUGCUUACGACUUGGUGAUUCAGAGUCAGUUGCAGUCAGCUUGAGCAGUCGAUUGCCGGAACAGACAGACCCGGAUCAAGGAGGACGGGGCUCGACACAACGUAAACGGUACACCAGUCUCGGACAGAUGUCCGGAGCUCGCGAAUCAGCCGAAAACCCCCAUUCUGAUGCUGCUUUGUGCUGGUUGGAAACGCUUAUUUCAGGAGUCGCUUGUGAUAUGUUGGUUGGUGCCGUGUUAAAAAUCGGCUCACGUACAUCCGAGUCCGGACGAUCGGACGUAGACGACUCGGAAGAUGUUGCAUUGCUCACGGAACAUGGUGCAAAACAACUGCAAGUAGAUCUAGAUUACUUCCGAAAUCUUCUGGACGACCUGGGAUUACCUCUGACGGGAAGUCUUAAAGCGCUGUGUGAAUUAAUCCAGUGUCCAGUUGAUGAAUUUGCCAACCUCAGUGCCAGUCGUCCACCGCGUAUCGUCAAUACGGUUGCCAAGCUUCGUGGUAUUUGA